AUGGGGCGCGGGAAGGUGGUGCUGCAGCGGAUCGAGAACAAGAUCAGCCGGCAGGUGACCUUCGCCAAGCGCCGGAACGGACUGCUCAAGAAGGCCUACGAGCUCUCCAUCCUCUGCGACGCCGAGGUCGCGCUCGUCCUCUUCUCCCACGCCGGUCGCCUCUACCAGUUCUCAUCCUCCUCCAAUCUGGUUAAGACUCUAGAGCGGUACCAGAGGUACAUCUAUGCUUCAGCUGAUGCUGCAGUGCCAUCUAGCGAUGAGAUGCAGAAUAACUAUCAAGAAUAUGUGAAGCUGAAGGCACGAGUUGAGGUUUUACAACACUCGCAAAGGAAUCUUCUUGGUGAAGAUCUGGCUCCACUUGGCCCUAGUGAACUUGACCAGCUUGAGAGUCAAGUAGACAAGACCUUGAAGCAAAUAAGAUCAAGAAAGACUCAAGUUCUACUUGAUGAACUUUGCGACUUAAAGAGAACGGAACAAAUGCUGCAAGAUGCAAACAGGGUUCUGAAAAGGAAGCUGGACGAGUGUGAGGCAGAGGCUUCUCCCCCGCAGCUAGCGUGGCAAGACGGAGGCGGCAUGUUGUCCCAUGACCCUCCACAGCCAGAACACUUCUUCCAGUCUCUGGAGAGCAACCCAUCUCUGCAACCCACAUAUCAUACGAUGGACAUGAACCAGCAGCCAGUGCCAGAGCCGGGCGGCUGCUACCCUCCUGAUUGGAUGGCUUAG